AUGGCAGCUGAUGCCGGUACAAGCGACAAAAUUGUCGAGUCAAGCUCGACGAAACAGGACGCAACAUCGGGCACGUCUACCCGUGGUGAUGGCCAGACCGACUCCGGCACGAAAGAGGUCGAAAAGACCGAUAAACCUUUAAAUGGCUCUACCAAAGGCGAAACUUCAGCCUCUUCAACAGACGAAAACCCCAAGCAGAACGGAAUCAAGAAAGACGAUUCCGACGCCAAUAAGAAGGAACCGGAAAAGGCUGAAACAGAGACGCCCAUCAAACCUCCUGCGCCUGUCAGUAAUGCGCCGGAGAAGAAGGCCGAAAAGCCAAAGCCAAAGCCCAUGCAGGCCUUUGCGCGGGUGAUCCCCAAGAUACGAGAGACUUUCUCUUGGAACGACUUCAAGAAUCACCAGACCGACGAACACAAUUACGCCAUCGAGACGCUUGUCGCCGGCGAUUCGCUCAAGCUGGAGAUUGAAGAAGCAGCGCUUCUUUACGAAGACCUCCAGGACUUUGGCAAUUCGGGCGGAUGGGGAAGCGGAUGGCGGAGGAACUUCAACAGGCGAAACCCCAAGCACAAGACCAUCAUCGACGAUGGAGAUGAAGUCUGGCUGCAGCGGGUGCGAAUCAACUCCAGGGCCGUCAUGAUGUACCUUGGACGACAGAGCGCUGCUGGCAAGAAGUGGAACGGUCGGCCUCAUGUCUUCAAGCGGCCCUUUCGCUACCUCAUCCACUUCCAUGAUAAGAUGAAGGAGGCGCUGGCUGAACUAGAAGAGUCUGCUUCGGGCGCCGAAUCAAAGCCUGCAGAUGGGCAGCCUGCUCAGACACUGAAUGCAGGGAAGAACAUCGAACGGUCGGAUUCGGAGACGCUCGGCAUCGACUCGCUGUUCAACGAUUCCGAGACUCUGGUUGAAAUGAGACUCUACGUCAAGUUCAUGGAUGAGCAGGUGAUGCCGGAAUACCAGCGCUUCCAGAAUGAGGAUGUGGCCACUGCGCCUACCAAGGUCAGAUGGGAUCUUCUCUGGUAUCUGUUCAAGCCAGGCGAUCUCGUCUACGUGCCCAACUUGAACAGUGGCGUACGAGCCCGAAUCCCAGUGGGCUGGGAUGGCGUCUUCCAGCGUCUUCAGGCCGAGUUUGGCGAAGGACCUAUGGAGCCAGCGUCUUCCACGGCGCAGUCCAAGCAAAAUACACGGGCAUCUCACACUGAUCAGAUGGUGUGGAGGGUAUACCGGCCGCCGUUCAAGCAAGCAGUCCUUGAUGGCUGCAGCUGCGAAACUUGCGCCAAAAUUGAGUCGACCUGGUCGAUAUCGUGCUACCAUAUCGACUACGAUGGCCAAAACUACCGUGCUGUUGGCCGGGUAAUUGAGAUUCCUCUUUUUGAAGGCGAGCGCGAGAUAACGCAGCUGCCUUGCUACCCCAUGAGAUAUGUAAAGCAGAAGGACGAGAUCAUGGAGAGGGGGAGACUGUACGGGACCAAGUUCAUUGAGCACAUUGAUCCAGCCAAACGCUACAGCUUCUACCGGGGAUGGACCCUUAUCAAGACUCCCCUCGGGCAGUCUGUCGAGGACAAGAACGGCAGGAUACUGACAAGCCCGGAGCACAUUGAGAGCGAGAUUCUGGUCGAUUUCGAAGAGGCUUUCAACACGGACCCCUCGUGGAAGCCUGAGAUUCUGGAGAGUGACCCUCUCACUUACAAAGUCGUGAUAGCUGUCGAUAACGAGAGCCCCCUGCAAGAGUGGCACGAUAGCGACCGUACAAAUCUCAAAGACAUGUGGGAGGACAAGGUUGUCACCGAGGAUGGUGUCGACAUACUGCAGAUGAAUAAGUUCAUGGAGACGGACUUUAUGCUGAGGAAGAAGAAGGACAAUGACAAUGAGAUUGGCGAGCUCGAGGGCGAUAAUCUUGCGCUGCUGCCUAGGCGACUCUUUGCAUAUGCUCUCUGGGAGCGCAAGUUUGUGCAGGUUGACGUCCGAGACGUGACAUUCCCCGAGAUGAAGGACAAAGACAGGGCUUUUGACAGUCUCCAGAUCUCUUCGGAGCACAAGACGCUCAUCCAGUCGCUGGUGUACUCCCACUUCAAGAAGAGAGUCAACGAGGGCAGCGUCGAGAUUGCGACUCAAGAUCUCAUUCGAGGCAAGGGCAAGGGCAUCGUAAUUCUGCUUUUUGGUGUUCCUGGAGUCGGCAAGACGGCUACGGCUGAAGCAGUUGCGCAGAAGUUUGAGAAGCCUCUGUUUCCGAUUACCUGCGGAGACUUGGGCUUCACACCCGAAAGCGUGGAGUCUUCUCUGAGUGAGAUAUUCCGCUUGGCGCACUUGUGGGAUUGUGUCCUGUUGUUGGAUGAAGCGGAUGUGUUUAUUACGCAGAGAGACAGGAAGGACUUGGAGAGAAAUGCUCUCGUUUCCGUCUUUCUACGAAUGCUCGAGUACUACAACGGCAUCCUUUUCCUCACCACGAAUCGUCCCGGCGUUCUCGACGAAGCUGUCAAAUCACGAGUGCACCUGAAUCUUCACUACAACUUCCUCACCGAAGAGCAAGUCGUCGCCAUCUUCAAGCUCAACAUUGCGCGUCUGAAAGAGAUUGAAGAGCAAGCCGCCAAAGCCCCCGGACACAACAAGCUGUACAUUGACGAGGCCGACAUCAUCGCCUUUGCCAGCGACCACUGGAAGACCCAUACUGAUGGCAUUGGACGGUGGAACGGGCGACAGAUACGCAACGCGUUUCUCAUCGCGGCGUCGCUGGCGCAUUACGAGGGAGAUAUGGGCGAGCGACCAGAGGGAUUGCAGAAACAGCUUACUUCAAAGCACUUCAAGAAAGUCGAGGAAACGACGAGGCGGUACGACGAGUAUCGCGUGGCCUGUCUUGGGGAUACGGAUAGUUAUCUCGCACACGACAGAUACGAGAGAGACGACGACUGGAAUCCUCAUGCUAGAGGGAGAGGUGGAGGAGGAGGAGCGAAUGCUUACAUGUCGCAUGGCCAGCCCCAUGUCCAAGCCCCUGGAUACCUGCCCCGAGCGGGAAGCUUUCCCUGGCAAAGACCCGUGCAGGCUCCCCUGAGCAUGAACCCCAACUCAAUGCAGAGGCAGGCUGGUGAAGGGUGGUCGAGCAACGGAAGUGCACGCCCGCCUGUUGCUGGGUAUCAACAGCCUCCGCAGCAGCCAUCUCAUGGACAGCCUUCGCAGCAUCAGUUUCCACAGCACCAGGGGCAUGUGGUGAACAAGCCACCUGCUACUUCAAACAGUCCGAAUUUUACAGCACAGGCGCCUUACAACCCAUCUGCUGGAGGCCCUGGCGGACCACAGGGCUACGACAUGGGAGGCAAUAUGCAAAUGAAGACUGCAGAGCCGGGCAUGAGUGAUGAGUGGAUGGGAGCCGGACAGCAGCGUUGGCAACAGGGUCAGAACGGCUUCAAUCAUUACUAG